UCUAAUCCAAACUUCCAUCUACAUGGUUGGUUAUGGGGCCACACAACAAUCAGACGUCUAUUCACUCUGGUUGAGCAUAAGUUAGAGAGAUGGGAGCCAAAGUCCAAGAAGGAGGUGAUCAUUGUCAAUGAUGCUAUACGUCAAGCAAUGCUAUUCCUACACAAUCAUCAUCAGAGUGAGGAGAAGAUUGUAUGGCCAUGGUUCAUCAAUGAGAAACCAACUAUCAAGCCCUACUUGGAAUACCUUGACACUCAACAUGCUGGCUGGGAGACUGCCUACGAUGAGCUAAAGACCAUCCUGCAUCGUAUUGAGGAGUGUGAUGUCCGAACCCAAGCCGCGGACCUCAAGACUCAUAUCUCUGCCUUGGAUUCAAAGUGGAAGGAGGCCGCCAAGGCCAUUGAGGAGCACACAUUGGAUGAGGAGAGACUGCUAUUCCCUAACUUGUUGGACAUCCCAACAGCAUCCCAGAACAAGGUGUCUGAUGCUGUCAAGUCAUUCACACAAAAGGAGGAAGGUGCCGCCUUUGCCAUCUGUGCCAUGGUCGAUGCAUCCUACCACGACAAAGUGAUGGCAAAGUCAUUCAACAACCAGGUGCCUUGGUUAGUGCGCUCGAUUGUAUCAUCAGUAUUCUCAUGGAGACAGUAUAACUGGUUCCUCAAUGCCUUGAAG